CGGUCGCUGUCUCCAGACCUUUGCAGAUGGAGCAAUCAUGCAGGGUAACUAAUGACCUAGUUUUGGUUUGGUUCAGAACCUGGCUGUCAGAUGGUGUCAUGAUCUCCGGCUUGUAGAGACUGCUACUGAAGGACAGAAGACAGGGCACUAUGAGCCUGCACCCUCUGCUGCUACUGUUUCUGGGGUCCUCUCACAGUGCAUUCACACAGCUGCCUGAUGCAGUGGAAGAGGAAGGAGGUGUGACAGCGUUUCUACCGGAGCCUGUGGAUGACACGUAUUGGUCAGGCACAGCCCCGAUCUGUGUGAGCGGCUGUAAGGGGAGACACCAGGAGCUGAAGAAGGAUCGCUGCGGGGACUCUGACUGCUGCUGGUUUGGCUACAAGUCUUUUUGCAGAGUGAACUGUGGACGGCCUGGUGUGGACUAUAACGGUGUGGUGUACGGGAAUGACUGGUGGGUGGGCUCAGUGGUCAGAUAUGCCUGCCGCUCUGGCUUCCUGUUGAUCGGGGACCAUGUCGGAGCCUGCCAAUCCGAUGGACGCUGGACCCCAAAACCCUCCUGUCUCAGGGUAUGUCAUCGGGGUCGUGUGGAGAUCACUGAGAAGGAGCUAGAAACAUCUACCUGCUCCUCCACCUGUCCCCUCAAGUCCUACACAGGCCCUCCUAAGCUGGGCUGCUUCCGCAUAGACAAUUGCCAGAAGAUGAAUCCCGACUGGAAGCGCUGGUUUACUCGCUGUGACACCUGCCUGUGUGAUUGCCACAUCGCCUGCGGUGAGUAGGCAUCUUUAGGAUAAAAGGACAAAUUCCUCUGUUGAGUGAUUAGAAUGUUUUCCGGAACAAUCAAGGAAUAACAGUGAACAGCUUAACGUCACAGAUCCUAGAUUCAUCAUCGGAAUACUGGUGGCUCAUCUGAUUUGGGGAGAAGGAUCGAAGAAAAACCUAGAGAUCUCUCCGUGGAACUAUCAGUCUGUCGCAAAAGACUACUAAGGCUCCAACCUCAACAACCUCAGUGGGUUAACGUAAAAAGUGGAGGCUCAUAAUAAACUCCCUGACUAUGUGUCAGACUGACGAAAUGUUGUCAUCACAUCAAUGAGCAGCAGUGACAGACGAAAGGGGAGGUCUCUCCUAGUGUACAGGUUCUGUUGGGAUUAAUGACUCAUCCCUUAAGCCAGCCUGCUCUUUCAACAUGCCCAUGAAACCUGGAAUGAGCUGGUUCCGGCGCUCAGACCAUAAUCCUGUUAUCUACCGGAGUUGUUGGGUGAGCCAGGGUAUUAUCUGACAGCAUGUCAAUUAGAAAUGCUUGGAUGGACAUAAAAACAACAACAAUGUGUUUGUGUGUAUUUUGAAAAUACUUUAUUCAUUAAUGUAUGGAAUACAUAAUAUGCUAUGUCAGAGUGUAUUAGUAAAUGACUGGAAGACACUUGUAUAGUUCUUUUUCAUGUUAUACACAUUGGUUAGACUGUAUUGCUUGGAAAAUGCAGAUGGUUAUACGAAGUCUGACCUGACCUGAGUGAACGGUCCUUCCCAUUUUCCAGUUGCAUUCUAUUUAGUCCUCAGGAUGAUGUGUUCAUUUUCUACAGGUCUGUAGAAGCCGAUUCCCGUCAAGACAAACUGUAACCAUGUCAUUGAGUAUUGUCUCCAUUUAUGUUAACAGGCUCUUAUUGCACAUUAAAUGGAUAUAGAAUAGUGAGAGAGCUGAAGAAUGAGAGAAGAUUCAUAAGCAUCCAUUGAACUACAACGUUACCUGUGUCCAGCCUGGUCUGAACCCCAGAGGACUCGGAUAGUACCUCCCAGUAUGUCCAGUCGGACUCCGUCCCAGCCACUGUAGCAGUGAACUGCAAACCUGUGAGGACAAGAUGGAACAGUAGACAGACUUGACUAUCACAACAUGGAUGGAUUGUUUCACAAAACAUUUCAUCAGUAAAGGACCCCACCGCCAUCACCAAAUUACAAAUCCUAAAUCAGAAUAGAGGGAGGGUUGGGUCUAUAAAUGCUAAAUCAGAAUAGAGGGAUGGUUGGAUCUAUAAAUGCUAAAUCAGAAUUGAAAGAUGGUUGGAUCUAUAAAUGCUAAAUCAGAAUAGAGGGAGGGUUGGAUCUAUAAAUGCUAAAUCAGAAUAGAGGGAGGGUUGGGUCUAUAUAUCUUAAAUCAGAAUAGAGGGAGGGUUGGGUCUAUAUAUCUUAAAUCAGAAUAGAGGGAGUGUUGGAUCUACAUAUCUUAAAUCAGAAUAGAGGGAGGGUUGGGUCUAUAUAUCUUAAAUCAGAAUAGAGGGAGGGUUGGGUCUAUAUAUCUUAAAUCAGAAUAGAGGGAGGGUUGGGUCUAUAAAUCCUGAAUCAGAAUAGAGGCAGGGUUGGGUCUAUAAAUCCUGAAUCAGAAUAGAGGCAGGGUUGGGUCUAUAAAUCCUAAAUCAGAAUAGAGGGAGGGUUGUGUCUAUAAAUCCUUAAUAAACUCAAAGCUAUAUAUUCUCCUUA